AUGGAUCAGAGUGUCAGAGGAUCUGCUACUACUGAGCAAGGCUCGUCUCAUACAGUAUCUAGUUCCCCUUCAUUCACUACUGAUUCCUUCAUCUUUAUUUCUCCAACUGGUUCUCCCAUCUUUAUUUCUCCAACUGCUUCUUCAGCUUCGGUUGCAAUUUCGCCAACGUCUAUAGUCAGCCAUCCUAAUACAACCCAGGCCAAAAAUUCUAGUCCAGUUCUGUUUAUAGGUAUUGGCCUGGCCUCCCUAAUUGCACUAGGAAUGGUUGCUCUUUUGCUGUAUUACAUUUUAAAACAUCGAUCUCUUGCCAAGAAGCACGAAAAAACCCAAAAUACCAGCCCUAUUUCAAAGGAAUCUUAUGAUGGCGGUGAAUUUUGUAUUUCGAAUCAACACCAUAGUCGUCAACUUCAUAAGCAACAAAAAUCACCACAACCACUGUCAUUGGAUCCAUCAUUAUUUCAAAUUCAAUCUCGACAAUUAAAAAUGAGUACUCUACCUAGACUUGAACUGCCAGAGUCAUCGUAUAGUCCCCUGUCAGUUACAUUUAUCAACGGCUUAGCCUCUCCUUUUGCUCUGUCGCUUAGAGACGACACAUCAACUUGCAAUGCACUCAAACUGCGCGACUCAAUGUAUGCACCGCCACAUGUAAUAUCUGCCUAUCCACAUACUCCAACCAACUGCCUCGGUGUUAAUCUUGACCAACCCUCAGUUUCACUAAUUACUCCCCCGGACUCGUCCAAACUCCAACAGGCUACUCCCGAUCUUUAUUGGGAGCGUGCAUACUAUUUUGAUGAAGAUCCAAACUUUGAUGGGUACAAUGGUGUUCUUGUGCCUGGUCAUACUGGGAUUCGUCAUUCACAGAUUUCAUUACAAGAUUCAUCCAACCUGGAUAUGGCUGUACUUUCUAGCAUGGUCACAGUCAAUGUCCCUAUCAAUGAUUCAUUUGCAAAUCUCAGUCCCAGACUUGGCUCAAUCAUGGCUUCACCAAGUAAACCAUACCUUGCUUUUCCCCUUGCUGAAAGCUUAGAAACUGCGCUACAUUGCUCCACACAAAUAUCAUCUUCAGAGCGCAGCACAAAUCAGACCCCUCAUGACUCAAAUCCAGAUGCGGCCUACAAUCCAAAAAAUGUACCCAGCCAACCAUCUCCAUUGUAUACACCUUCGGUGCAUCAAAUAGAAUUGAACCCCAACAAUUAUGACAUGGAUCGAUCUGCUGAAAGUAUAAAUUCUGACUCUAGCUCUACUGCAAUGCCAUUUACCUCGACUGAGUGGGCUGCAUCUCUUUCUCGAAUGGCUUUCUCGCAUCAAUAUAUUUCGACUAUGCAAACCACCAAAAAUAGCGCUACAUCUAUGCCUUUUCAACAUCAGAAUAUGCAGCUGAAUUUUGCAAGUAAUGAUACUGAUAUGAACGACUCGUACACGAAUAUAGAACAUGCAAUCUUUACUCGUCCUGUCUCAUUUUCCAGCAAAUCUUUUGCAUCAAGUGCAUCUGCUACCUCGAAUAACAUAUGGUUCGAUACUGAUUCAAAGACAGACUCUUUACAUGAUUCCACUGCCGUAUUCACGUAA